AGAGAGAGAGAGAGAGGGAGAGAGGGAGGGAGGAAGUCUGUUUCCUCGGACUCUUCGUACCACGUUUAAGCACAUAUAUAGAUAUAUUGAUAUAUGGAUAUAUAUAUAUAUAUAUGGAUAUGGAAAGAGCCUACGCUGAAGACUGAAACCCAUUGACGAAGUCUCAUCUUCUUCGUCAUUUUGUUUUUGUCUCUUCCCACAUUUCCAUAUUACCAAAAAAAAAAAAAAAAACAAGAAGAAGAUGAAGAAGAAAACCUCUUUCGUAAUUCUUGGAGCGAAUUAUUACGAUGAAGAUGCAAUGAGUUUCAUUUGAUCCGACACCAAAAGAUUCUUCCUUUCGCAGUUUCUGAGAUUCGCAUACCAUGGCGAAAAAAGGGAGCUCAAUAGACAACAGACGUCGCAAUUCGAUGUCAAUUUUCAUUAUAGCAGGCCUAUGUUGUUUCUUCUACAUAUUGGGUGCUUGGCAGCGAAGUGGUUCGGGAAAGGGAGAUAGGAUUGCUGAUUUGGUCAACAGACAGACAGACUGCAGUGUCCUUUCUAACUUGAACUAUGAGACUCAUCAUGGCAAUGAUGUCGGGAGUGAUGAUUCUGAAGAAGUCGAGGAGUUUAAACCCUGCAAAGCUCAAUAUAUCGACUACACGCCGUGUCAAGAUCAAACAAGGGCAAUGAGGUUUCCCCGUGAAAAUAUGAUCUACAGGGAAAGGCAUUGCCCACCUGAAGAAGAGAAACUGCGCUGCCUUGUUCCAGCACCUGCAGGGUAUGUGACCCCUUUUCCAUGGCCCAAAAGUCGUGAUUAUGUGCCUUUUGCAAAUGCUCCAUAUAGGAGCUUGACUGUUGAGAAGGCUGUUCAGAACUGGAUUCAAUAUGAGGGAAACGUGUUUAAAUUCCCUGGCGGUGGUACUCAGUUUCCUGAGGGAGCAGAUGUGUAUAUCGAUGAACUCGCGAAUGUAAUCCCGUUUGACAAUGGGAUGGUUAGAACUGCACUGGAUACAGGCUGUGGGGUUGCAAGUUGGGGCGCAUACCUGUUCAAAAGGAAUGUCACAGCCAUGUCAUUUGCACCAAGAGACUCUCAUGAAGCACAAGUUCAGUUUGCACUCGAAAGAGGUGUACCAGCUGUUAUUGACGUUCUUGGAACUAUAAGGUUGCCAUAUCCAUCUAGAGCCUUUGACAUGGCCCACUGUUCUCGUUGCCUCAUUCCGUGGGGUGCGAAUGAUGGGAUGUACAUGAAGGAAGUCGAUCGAGUUCUUAGACCUGGUGGUUACUGGGUGCUUUCUGGUCCACCAAUCAACUGGAGGACUGAUUACAAAUCUUGGAAAAGAUUCGAAGAAGAGCUUGAAGAGGAGCAAAGGAAGAUUGAAGUGAUUGCCAACCUCCUUUGCUGGGAAAAGAAACAUGAGAAGGGUGAAAUUGCAAUAUGGAGGAAAAGGGAAAAUUACGAACAGUGUCGUAACCAAGACCCCCAACCUACUAUGUGCGAAACUACUGAAUCUGAUAGUGUCUGGUACAAGAAGAUGGAGGGAUGUGUGACUCCUUAUCCCGAUACAAUUGAUUGGGACAAUGUUGCUGGUGGGACAUUGAAGCCAUUUCCUGAGAGACUCAAUUCUGUACCUUUCAGAAUAUCCAGUGGAUCCAUCCCUGGAGUUUCUGCCAAGACCUACCACGAUGAUAAUCGGUUGUGGAAGAAGCAUGUGAAUGCUUAUAGGAGAAUUAACAAACUCAUCGACACUGGCAGAUAUCGCAACAUCAUGGAUAUGAAUGCGGGUUUGGGAAGUUUUGCUGCUGCUCUUGAAUCUCCGAAAUUGUGGGUUAUGAAUGUGAUGCCUACAAUAGCUGAGAAAGACACUCUUGGUGUCGUAUAUGAGCGUGGAUUGAUUGGCGUAUACCAUGAUUGGUGUGAAGCUUUCUCCACAUAUCCCAGGACAUAUGACCUUAUUCACGCAAAUGGUGUUUUCAGCUUGUACAAGGAUAAGUGUGAUCCCGUAGACAUUCUUCUCGAAAUGGAUCGAAUCUUAAGACCCGAAGGUGCAGUAAUCUUCCGUGACCAAGAGGAUGUGCUAAUCAGGGUGAGGAGAAUUGUGAGAGGAAUGAGGUGGAACACUAAAAUAGUGGAUCAUGAAGAUGGUCCUCUUGUUCCAGAAAAGGUAUUGUUUGCUGUCAAGAAGUACUGGGUUGCAGGUGAAAACAACUCCCCAUCCUCAAACUGAACAGAAAAUAUAAAUAGGAAAAACUCUGGUGAAGUAAAACAAUUGGCACAGGAAAAUUGCAUUGUCCCUGAUUAAUAUUCGCAGAAAUUUCUUCUGUGGCUUCCGGACCCUCAGAAGCCGAGGGACAUGGUCCAUUUUUUCGCUGCAUUUCUUGUUGAAAAUCUCCUGUGUUUUUGCGGUAAAUACAGAACAUUUAGUUAAGCGCCUGAAAAAACAUUUCUAUUCAGCAACAUGUUAUAGGAAGUCAAUUUUUUCAUGUUUCUAUCUAGUUAAGGCUCUAGAUGGCCUUAAAUAUUUUUUGUUAAAAUACUAACAAUCAU